UCUUGUCCCCUAACAGGUGCCAAUGUCCAAUACCAAGACCUCCCCACUGAUUACCACGACAUCUUGAUUCGAGCUCACUUUCUACCUUUCUGUUACAGACACGGCGAAUCCGGUAGCCUAAUUAGAUAUGGCAAUAACGAGUCUAAGAUGACCGUCACGAACCAAGCUCGACAACCAUGCCUCCGCCGCACGAGAACGCUAGGGUCUUCAUCCUAAUCAUCCUCCUGUUCUGGCUCAUCUCCUCCCCCGACAAUGGGCCCGGCCUGAUAUCUGUCCCCUCGAUCACGUCGGCUCGCCUCGACCGCCAGCGCCGGGCACACGGCGUCCUGAAUACCACGAAAUGGGGCGACUUUUCCCCGCGGCUCGUCGACACCCCAGAAGGCACCGCCCCCCGAUACCUGAACCUGACCGGGUUCAGAGAACGCGACGGCUUUGCGUGGGACGAUCUGGGCAGGUUCAAGGACCGGUGCUUGGAGUGGAGCCGGAACGCCAACCCUUCCAGCAGCGGUAAGCAGCUCUGGGAUCUGGGUCUGGCCGAACCAACAUGGCAGAACGCUACGGGCGUGGUCCACGGAGAGUGGGUGCGGCGCGGAGGCUCGGUCGAAAGGCACCCUGCAUCCUACAACCUCAGUGGCGUUACCCCUGGGGUAAGCUGGGUUGGGGUCCAUGGGGAAUGGGGCAGGAACGUGACGGGGCAGCACGGGAAGAUCAUCCUUCGGUUGGACGAGAAAGACGGCAGUGUCGAGUACGAGGAUCAGGAUGGGGACGAUCAGCCGAGAUCGGGCGGAUUGGCUAGAGAGAUAGUGGCGACCGUCACGGUGCAGGACGAUGGCAACAGAGCAAGCGCUUGGGAUAUGCGGCUGCACGGGGUCCACUGGCCGAGGCAGGGUGCUGUUCUUCUUAGUUCGACAAGCGAGAAGUUCGCGGGCAUUUUCGGUCUCCCCCAUCUCACCGCGGCGCCCAACUACUUUCGCUCGAGCCAGAAACUCCUGAACGAGACCCUGGACAAAGUUCUCAGCAGGAAGGAGAGAACCAUGUUCUCGGACCCAAGCAACCCCUGGACGUCCACUUUCGAACCCCAGGGGGAGAAUUGGAGCUCGGCGCCGCACUGCGAGUAUAUUGUUUACGCGCAGAUCCACCCCCUCGACCCCCAGCGGCUGAAGCCGGCAUACUUUGGUGAUGAUGCUAGGGAUAAGCUGGGCCUUCUUGUGCAACACAUGGAAGAUGAACUUCGCAACCCGACGGGGGCACCGAUCCCAACAAUCCCGGAACUUCAGCUCUCGGCCGUCAUGUGGUCUCCAGAUUGUUCGUUCUUUCUGGAAUCCAAGGGCCCGCCUUUGUACCCCUCGGCGGACGGACAGCAUCUCCUCGGCAUGAAGGAGGAGGUAUUCCUACACGAGGCAAAGAUAUGGCUGCUGUCAUUCGCCGCCGUAAUGGCUGGGCAGAUCUACCUCCUGAAGGGUCAGAUUAGGGAGUCCAGCACGCCAUCCACCAUUGGCCGCGUGAGCUUCUAUACCGCAGGCAUCAUGCUCCUUGCCGACGGCCUGAUUUUUGCCUCGGCAUCAGCCUGGAGCCUUUCCGCCUCGACGACGCAUCUCCCAUCGCUGCUGUUGACCUUUACCGCUUUCAUGUCUAUGGCAAUAGGGGGCGCCUUUCUUUCGGAGGUUUACAAGAUUCAGGAGCCGGAGAGGAGAAAUCGCGAACGAGAACAAGGCGCAACCAGCUCAAACACGACAGCCCCGCCGCCAACGCCGGCGGCUGCGGCGGCUGCUGCGGCCACAGCCAGGGCCGCGGCAACCGUUUCGGAACUGCCUCGACCCGUCACUGCGGGUCCGGCCCCGCCCCCGACCCCGCCAUCGCCGCCGAUAAUCAUCCCAUCGGACCAGGACAUCGACGCCGAAAUCGCGGAGAACGCGGCCAUGGGCGCCGCCGCUGUCCCCACGCCGGGAACAGCAGCAGCGGCGACGACCACGACGACGACCACCACUGCCACUACCGCAGGGUCCAUCGCGCAACAGGUGCGCGCCACCACCUUCUCCUCCAUCACGGGGCGCUUCAUCCUCCUCGGCACCUGCCUCCUCUUCCUGAGCCUCGCCGCGACGUCGUGGCCGGCGCCCGUCCGCGCCGUCUACGUCAAUCUGAUCGCCUUCGCCUACCUGUCGCUCUGGGUGCCGCAGAUCUGGCGCAACAUCCAGCGCAACAGCCGUCGCGCCUACAGCUGGCGCUUCACCAUCGGGCAGUCGGCGCUGCGCCUCCUGCCGUUCGCCUACUUCUACCUGCGCGAGAACAACAUCGUCUUCGCCGAGCCCGACCCCUUCGGCUUCGCCCUCCUGGCCGCCUGGGUCUGGGUCCAGCUCUGGGCCCUCGCCUUCCAGGACGUGCUGGGCCCGCGCUUCGGCGUCCCCAAGGGCUGGGCCCCCGAGGCCUGGGACUACCACCCCGUCCUGAGGGAGGAUAACCUCGAGGCCGGCGGCCUGCCCAUCGGCCUCGCCGGCCCUCCCGCCGCCGCCGCCGACUACGACGAUCUCGACGCCCCCCACGGAGACAGGUCCCACAGGCGGUCAUCGUCGUCGACGUCGUCCACCGCCGCCGUCGCCGCCGCCACGGCGGGCUCGGCGAAGAACAAGCGGCGCGGAUCAAGCCACGGCCGCCGCCCGCACUCGCGAUCCAUGGACUGCGCCAUCUGCUGCGAGGUGCUCGAGGUGCCCGUCGUGCCGGCGGGCGCGGACCCGGACGCCGUGGGCGCUGGGUCGGGCGUCGCGGCCGUCCUGGCCCGCCGCGCCUACAUGGUCACGCCGUGCAGGCACAUCUUCCACGCCGCGUGCCUCGAGGGGUGGCUGCGCUUCAGGCUGCAGUGCCCCAUCUGUCGGGAGGAGCUGCCGCCUUUGUGAGGGGUCGGGGCUGUUGCUUUGUUUUGUGCGUUUGAUGGGAGGUGGGGCGGGGGGGGUUCGUGGAUUCGAGGUUGAUAUAUUUCUGUUGCUUU